AUGGAGGAGGAGCGGUGCACGGCGGCAGCGGCCGACGAAAUCCGGCGCCUCCCCGCCGAGGUGAACUGGGAGAUGCUCGACAAGUCCCGCUUGUUCGUCCUCGGCACAACGCUCUUCUCAGGCGUCUCCGUCACGCUCUACCCGGCCGUCAUCGUCAAGACGCACCUCCAGGUGGCGCCGCCCCCGCAGGCCGCCGCCGCCAUCGUGCGCGCCAUCCUCUCCCACGACAGCCUCCGCGGCUUCUACAUGGCGGCGUUCGAGGCCACCAAGAGCUCUGUCGGGCCCGCCGCCGUCCGCCUCGGUGUCUCCGAGCCCGCUGCGUUAGCAAUAGCCUCGGCCGCCGCGGGCGUGUCCGCCGCCGUCGCCGCGCAGGUGGUCUGGACCCCCGUCGACGUCAUCAGCCAGCGCCUCUAG